AUGGGUUUACCUAGUGCGGUUUACAUCUCCUGUGUGGUUUACGAGCGAUUGCACAACGAGGGGUUUACCAAGUGCGCACAAAGUGCUUACCACAGAGUGCUCACCCAAAGGGCAGAGGCUGUGGCAGAGUACCUCUUUCGAUCACAACCUAUCGAUCGAUCCUACUAUGCAUUCGGAGUUCCAGGAACAUUCCAUUGUAGAUUAUUUCCAUCGCAAUCGAUACAUUUUGCACAUUGUUCUAGUGCCAUACAUUGGUUAUCUAAGUGUCCAGAAGAGUUGUUAGAUGAGAAAUCUCCAGCAUGGAAUAAGCAAGAGAGUUUCAAUAAUGUCAAGCAAUGGUUGAGUGAAAUAGAUCGAUAUGCAAGUGAUAACGUGAACAAACUUCUGGUUGGAAACAAGUGCGAUCUGACAGCACAGAAGGUAGUUUCUACAGAGGCAGCUCAGGCUUUUGCUGAUGAGAUUGGCAUCCCUUUUAUGGAAACUAGUGCGAAAAAUGCCACCAACGUUGAGCAGGCUUUCAUGGCUAUGGCUGCUUCAAUCAAGAACAGAAUGGCAAGCCAACCGGCAUCAAACAAUGCGCGACCUCCAACUGUGCAGAUCCGCGGACAACCACAAUCAAGUGAAUGUCUUGUGAAAUUUUUUGGUUCUAGUCUUAUGGAUUUGGUGAGUGAGGUACGUAAUUUGUUUGUGUUACUUUUCUUUAAAUUUGUUUCAGAGAGAACAUUUCUUUUCAUUUUUUUGGCAACUUGUUAAUUUCAACAUUUAAGAUCGCUGAAUUAAAAGAUAUUUUCGUACA